AUGGACUCCGCCCGAAGCCUUUACAAAAACGACAUCGAUUUUGCAGCCUUGGCGCUGCAAUCACGGGAUUUCGCCAAGCACUUGAACCAAAACAGCCAACUGGACUUUACUGAUCCAGCCGCCAUCCGACAACUCACCACCACCCUCCUGCAACAAGAUUUUCACCUGAAGGUUGAAAUCCCCGAGGAUCGACUGUGUCCACCGGUGCCAAACAGACUCAAUUACAUCCUCUGGCUACAGGACCUUCUUGACUCCACCGCUGGAGGCCUGUAUGAGGGGUAUGACCGAGACCGGGAUGUCUUUGGCCUUGACAUGUGCGUAAUGAGUCCCUCCAAUCUCCUUAUCAUGCCUGACAAAGCACAGUGGAACGGGAUGCAUCAGCAUCUACCCCCUUCUGGGCUGCGCAGCACGGCCACGGUGGAAUUUUGUAGCAACAGGUACGUUUUUGAGUCCGAGGAUCUUCAGUAUCCACUGAUCAACCCGACAGACAUCGACCCGAACAAUACCCGCACUUCUCAGCAUAACGUGGCUCUGAAUAAUCUGGAAUCACGCAUUCAGAUCAUACAUUCCGACCCCACAGGACCACUCUUCCCACUAGAAAAGCUAGGACACCAAACCCUUGAUUUCGCCAUGUGCAACCCACCCUUUUACACCUCGUCCGAUGAGCUGAAGCAAUCUGCCGAGCAAAAAGAACGAGAGCCCUUCUCAACCUGCACCGGCGCCGAAGUGGAAAUGGUGACCCGCGGUGGAGAAGUAGCUUUCGUGAAGCAAAUGAUCGAGGAAAGUCUUCAGCUGCGUGACCGCAUUCAGUGGUACACAUCCAUGCUCGGCAAAUUGAGUAGUAUCAACGUACUCGUAGAGACGCUAAUCAAGCACGGCGUCACCAAUUUCGCAGUCACUGAGUUUGAGCAGGGAAGCAAGACAAAGCGCUGGGCCGUGGCGUGGUCAUGGGGAGACAGAAGGCCUGCCAUGAACAUUGCGCGUGGAAUCCCCGGCUGCCCGAAGAGUCUUUUACCUUUCCCUGCAGAUUACACAUUCACGCUACCACCCGGCACAUCUAUUGACGCAGCCACUGCUACGAUAAAUGCAGAACUCAGUUCGUUGCCGUGGUUUUGGGCCUGGGAUCAGACACGUUCUGCGGGGACGGGAUUCACUGCAGAGAAUGUGUGGUCAAGAUUCGCCCGCCGGAAGAUGAAACUUGCUGGUGAGGAGAGUGCGGCUAAAUUGAAGGUGAUUCCCGCCCAGGUCGCGCUGGGAAUACGUCUGCAGAUACGGCUGGUCCGCGGGCAGAAACUGGACGAGAAAGAGGUGAGAGUUUUAGUCCGCUGGGUGCAGGGGACAGACACCGUCUUGUUCGAGAGCUUUUGCGGGAUGGUGAAGAGGAAGUUGGAAUCAAAGUGA